AUGGUGCGUAUCGCGAACGCCCUGGGUCUGGUCAUCCUCAGCGUCGCUCUGCUCAUCCUCUCCCUCAUCAGUUAUGUGUCGCUGCGCAAAGACAGCUUCCUCAGCUCCUCCAAGUACGACAUGGGGGGUCCGAGGAUCAUGUUCCACGCGGGGUUCAGGUCUCAGUUUGCCAUGAAUUUCCUGGACCCAUCCUUCAUCCCCUUGACGAACGCACUUAACGAAGAGCUGCAAGGAAAACCCUCUAAGUGGAAAUUCAACAGGACUGCUUUUUAUCUACAAAGGAAAGAGAUCUUCCACUUCAUCGACAUUGCAAACAACUUUUCCCUCACCAAGAAUGGCGUCCGCGUGGGUCAGUUGAUGCACUUCGACUACUCCAGCAACAAGUAUGUGUUCUCCAUCAGCAACAACUUCAAGUCCCUGCUGCCCGACAUGUCUCCCAUCUACAACAAGCACUACAACGUGUGCGCCGUGGUUGGCAACAGCGGGAUUCUCACUGGCAGCCGCUGCGGCAAUGAGAUCGAUCAGGCCGACUUUGUGUUCCGCUGUAACUUUGCGCCCACAGAGGUGUAUUACAAGGACGUAGGCAGGAAGACCAACAUGACCACUUUCAACCCCAGCAUCCUGGAGCGCUACUACAACAACCUGCUCACUAUCCAGGACAGGAACAACUUCUUCCUCAACGUCAAGAAGCUGGAGGGGGCCAUCCUGUGGAUCCCGGCCUUCUUCCUCCACACCUCGGCCACGGUGACCCGCACCCUGGUGGACUUCUUUGUGGAGCACAAGGGCCAACUGAAGAUAGAGCUGGCCUGGCCCGGCAACAUCAUGCAGGACGUCAACAAAUACUGGAAGACCAAGAACCUGUCCCCGAAGCGUCUUAGCACUGGUAUCCUCAUGUACACGCUGGCCUCUGCCAUGUGCGAGGAGAUCCACCUCUACGGCUUCUGGCCUUUCGGCUGGGACCCCAACACGGGCAAGGACCUCCCCUACCACUACUAUGACAAGAAGGGCACAAAGUUCACCACCAAGUGGCAGGAGACCCACCAGCUGCCCAGCGAGUUCAGACUGCUGUACAAGAUGCAUGGGGAGGGUGUGACCAAGCUCAGCCUCUCGCACUGUGCCUAAACUUCAGAGUGAGAGUCUCCUACCUUCCCCUCCCACCCCACACCUCCACACCUCUCCAACCCGAGGCGAAAAGGCUGUGACCCAGAUACAUCUCCUCCCCGCCCCACAUUUGCUAUGGCGCAUAUAUCAAACAUUGCAUGAUGGGCACUGAGACAUUUCAACUGAGACAGUCCUCUCCUAUCCUCCUCCACGACAACACAUGUAUGUUGCCCCUAGCGGCACGUGACGGUAUCGACACUUCUAAAACAAAGAUGUCAAGGUUACUCGGGGGCUUGUUUUUAGACCACACAGGUUAGCC